AUGCCAUCAUUCAAAAAGAACCACAGUUUUGAGCGUCGUAAGCGUGAAGCUUCGCUCACGUUACAGCACCAGCCAGAUCACAUCCCACUUGUUUGCGAAAAGGAAGAGAACUCGGACAUUGUGGACGUUGACUGUUGCCGGAUCCUUGCCCCCAAAGAACUCUUGGUUGGCCAGUUGUUGCAUGUGCUUCGUAACCGUCUGAGACUUCCCCCGGAAAAGGCCUUAUUCAUCCUCAUUAACGAUCAAUUACCAUCUAACUCCUCUCUUUUAUCUACUGUCUAUGACACUGAUAAGGAUGAAGAUGGAUUUUUGUAUAUCAAGUUUAUGGGAGAGAAUACCUUCGGAACUCCGGAAGAAAAAUAA